UGGUUGGCAACGCCAACAGCUAAAACAGCUGUUGAAUUUUAGGUUAUGUAUCGUUUGUAUAUUAUUUUAUUGUUAUCGUAAUUUUAAAAGGCCGCAUAAAAAUGCUGCGCAGCAUACGGCAAAUUGUACGAAUACGGAAAUGUUUAACUCCACCGCUAUUUAAUUUAACCAAUGCAACAACAGCAACGGGGACACUGAGAGUGGUCAAACAAGCAUCGUUGCAUACAAGUUCAGUUUCAUAUAAAUAUGACAAGAAAUCAUCGCGAAAGUCGGACGACAUUGACUCGGAUGAUGAAGACGAUGAUGAAUUUAAAGACGAACGUGAUUCCAAAGUAGUUAAAACGAAAGUGAACUCAUUGCGUGCGGAUUUAAUACUAAAAUCCGGACUAGGCUUGGCCAGAAACAAAGUGGAACAGAAAUUCUAUGAGAGCAAAAUCCGCGUAAAUGGAAAGAAGUUGAUGAAAAAGAGCGAGCAGCUCGAGGUUGGAGACGAGAUUGAUGUAAUACGCGGCUACAGUCAGACGAAUCCCUCUCAUUUGGUUAUCGCACGUGUUAUUAUACUCUCUGCCGGAGAGCGUGAUGACGGACUCAGUGUUAGUUUGCGUCGCUAUAAAUCGCUGCUGAUCGAGAACUACAGCGGCCCAAAUGCCUACAAAUCAUCAGAGCCCGUGCAACACUAAACCGCAGAAUACGAAUAAAUAUAAUCAACAAACACCAUUUUAUGUGGCAUGCCUUGUAUUUACAUUUAUGUGACACAAACACGUCUUAAUCAAUUAUU